AUUCUCUGCAAAGUGCAAACAACAGUAAAACUCCUCCUUUAUUUUCCGUUAGCGAUCGGCGGCUUUUAUGGUUCUUUGUGCAAUUUGAUUACGAUGGAGUACGCAACGACGUCGUCUGGGGAGUCGGAGUUUGAUUACUUGUUCAAGCUGUUGCUGAUUGGGGACUCUGGGGUCGGGAAGAGCACGCUGCUCUUGAGUUUUACUUCCGAUACUUUUGAGGAUCUAUCUCCUACUAUCGGUGUGGAUUUUAAGAUAAAGCAUGUCACUCUUGGGGGCAAAAAAUUAAAGCUUGCAAUUUGGGACACAGCUGGACAGGAAAGAUUUAGAACACUUACUAGUUCAUAUUACAGAGGAGCUCAAGGGAUAAUAAUGGUGUAUGAUGUAACACGAAGAGAAACGUUUACGAAUUUGUCUGAUAUAUGGGCUAAAGAAAUCGAUCUGUACUCCACAAAUCAAGAUUGCAUCAAGAUGCUUGUUGGAAACAAAGUCGAUAAGGAAAGUGAAAGGACUGUAAGUAAAAAAGAGGGGAUGGAAUUUGCGAGGGAAUAUGGAUGCCUUUUUCUUGAGUGCAGUGCCAAAACUCGAGUAAAUGUAGAGCAGUGCUUUGAGGAGCUUGUCUUAAAGAUAUUGGAAACACCAAGUCUCGUAGCUGAGGGCUCAGCGGGUGUGAAAAAGAACAUCUUCAAGCAAAAACCUCCAGAAUCUGAUGCAUCAAGUGGCUGCUGCUGAUGGUAACUGGAGUUUAAGAUUCGCGUAGUUUCCCUUUGUUUUCUUCCUCACAAAACGCCAUCCGGUUUAACUGAAGUGAACUGUAUGACUGAUGUAUCGAAAUGUUUAAUGUUUUGGGUUUAUGUUUC